AUGGCUACCGACAUCGAUUCACCUAAGAGACGGCGCCGCCGUAGCAAUCCCGAAAAUGAAGACGGCCCGUUAUCUGGAGAAAAAAACUCGGUGAACGCGUCGUUCCAGGACGCAGAGGACUUCGUGCCGUUCGCGCCUGAUUCAGACGAGGAGGAAGAGGACCGGCCGCCGGUUAGGGAGUGGGACAAAGGAAAGGGUAGGGAAAGAGACAGGGACAGAGACGGAGACGGAGACGGAGAAAGACGUAGAGACAGGGAUAGGGACAAGGAUAGAGACGGAGACUUUGGUCGAAAACGCGAACGCGAACGUUACGGCGACGACGGCUACGUGAACAAGAAACAGCGGUUGGACGCCGCGUCCCGCAAAGCACCAUGGGUCGCAGACAUUGACUGGGAUAGCUGCAACAAUGUUGCUGAAAUGCUUCAGCGCGACGUCGAGGCCUUCAUCGAUUACAUAUCCCCCACACCCGCCGAGGACGAGAUCCGCGGGCUCAUCGUACAACUCAUAUCGCGCGCCGUGACUCAGGCCUUCCCCGACGCCCAGGUCCUUCCGUUUGGGAGCUACGAGACGAAGUUGUACCUACCCCUGGGCGACAUUGACCUCGUCAUCCAGUCGCCUUCCAUGGCCUACUCCGACAAGGUCACCGUUCUUCACGCGCUUGCGAACACGAUGCGCCGCGCGGGCAUCACGGACCGUGUCACAAUAGUCGCCAAAGCCAAGGUGCCGAUCAUCAAGUUUAUCACUACCCACGGACGCUUUGCGGUCGACAUCUCCUUGAACCAGACGAACGGCGUCGCGGCGGGCAAGAUGAUAAAUCGCUACUUGCGCGAGCUUCCGGCUCUCAGGGGCUUGGUUAUGAUCACCAAGGCGUUCCUCAGUCAACGGAGCAUGAACGAGGUGUAUACGGGUGGCUUAGGUAGCUACAGCAUCGUUUGUCUGGCGAUUAGCUUCUUGCAGAUGCACCCGAAGAUUCGCAGAGGAGAGAUUGACCCGAGCAAAAACCUGGGUGUCCUUGUGAUGGAGUUUUUCGAGCUGUACGGGUGCUACUUCAACUACGAAGAAGUGGGCAUAUCGUUACGGGACGGCGGGACGUAUUUCAACAAGGCGGCAAGGGGAUGGCAAGAUUAUAGACAACUCGGCCUGCUCUCUAUCGAAGACCCUUCGGAUCCUACAAACGACAUCUCUCGCGGUUCGUUUGGCAUCGCCCGUGUCCGCCAGACUCUCGCCGGCGCUCACGGAAUUAUGAAAGCCGCGGCAUUCCAGCAGGCGGGAUCUAUCAGCGCCAAACGCGAAGGCCGGUACUUCAGGUUUAGGGAUGUGGAUCGUGAAGAACCCAGUAUCCUUGCACAUGUGAUGGGCGUCACUCAAGAGGUCAGUACAUUCCACGACCUUUGA